CAUUUUUGAGGCUACAAGGGGCAUAACCUCUCUAGAUUCUCUACUUUGUUUCACUUGCUACCGUACGAGACAACCAAAUGAGUGCGGAUAUUUAAUUUAAAACGAGAAAAUACAGAGAGAUUGCGAAUGGCGUGCGACAAGACAACGAUAGAGGCAAAACGAAGAUUCAGUUUUCAAAAUGAGCCGAAAAUAUAAAUGCACGUGUUUAUUGUACAUAUGCCUGAUUCUGUCGCAGCAAUUUGGAAGUGUUGACACAUUUUUGGGAUUAGACUUUAACUGUGUUACAUUGAAGAUUACACUUGCUUUAGCAUCAUCUGCACUACUAUCAGAGGAUGUUUCUCAAGAAUAUCGAGUAAUUAUAUUUCUAUCCAUUCUACUGAUACCUUGUCAGUUUAUUCAAAACAUAGUGAUGUUUGGAACGAAAUCGGAAGCAAAAUCCGGAUCAACAAAAUCAAAAGAGACACCAGAAACAGGCCCAGAUGAACCCACUGAGGUUGUCCAGACGACACCGGAUCCUAACGGACCAAUCAUUAUCGCAUUCAUAGAAAACAAAGCUGUAUGAAUUUUGGAGUACAAUGUCAUUUAUUUGUACACAGAUCCAACCUUUUCAAACAUUUGACCCGCAAAGAAAGAACAUUGAUUAUUUGAAAUUGAUUUUUUUUAUCUAAUAUGCAACCUGUUGCUGCAAAUUAAUAGAUAUGUUCAGUGUA